UAGCGAAACCCUAAUUCCUGAACCAUUCGAAGCUCAAGGAUUUCCAGGGGAUCAAGGAUUUUCUUCUCAUGCUUCCUGUCAGGAUUGUAGGCAUGGCGCUAGAAUUUGCAUCGUAGCGAGGCCGGUGAUUUUCGCCGCAGUGUGGAUAUUUUCCUGGUCCGUUUGGAUUUUUCCCGACGGGGUUUGAGAAACUAUGGCAUAUGGAGGGUACGACUGGAAUCGGAGGUUGGGUGACUACAUCUCUUCUGUUGCCGAUGCCUUGAAUUCGCAGAACGGCGGCCAGCUCUCUACGUUGAUCUCUGUUUCGCGGGGUUCGUAUUGCAACGUCGUCGCGGCAGGGCUUGAUCAGAAUAAGGGUCAAGAUGUUAACAGGUUAUCGAGACAGCUGGAGAAGGUGGCUCCACUAGGAGAAAUGCUGGGGCAACACAUGCGGUGCAUGCAAUACUUUGUCAACCGACGUUUUGUUGAUUCUUACAACGCUUUGGAGAAAUCUGCUAAUGCAUUUCUUCAGGAAUUUCGUAAUUGGGAGUCAGCUUGGGCCAUGAAAGCUUUACACACUGUUGCCUACGAGUUGCGGACUAUUGCUGAGAUGGCCGACAAAGAGAUGGCGUCUAAUGGGAAGAUACCGGACAAGCUGAAAGGAGCUGGCUCAUUCUUGAUGAAAGUCUUUGGGGCUCUUGCGGGCAAAGGACCCAAAAGGGUGGGUGCUUUAUAUGUGACUUGCCAACUGUUUAAAAUAUACUUCAAGUUGGGCACAGUACACUUGUGCAGAAGCGUCAUUCGAAGCAUUGAGACUGCACGUGUUUUUGACUUCGAGGAGUUUCCUAUUCGGGAUCGGGUAACUUACAUGUACUACACUGGGCGCUUGGAAGUUUUUAAUGAUCAAUUUGUGCUCGCUGACCAAAAACUCAUGUAUGCUUUGGUGCACUGUGACCCUUUGAAGAAGAACAAUAUUAGGAUGGUAUUAAAGUACUUGAUUCCUGUGAAGCUUUCACUUGGAGUGAUGCCAUCCAAGUUGUUGCUGGAGCGGUAUGGCUUGCUAGAGUACAAGGAGGUUAUUCAAGCUCUUCGGACUGGAGAUAUAAGGUUGUUGCGGCAAGCUCUUCAAACAAACGAAGAUCAAUUUCUGCGUUCAGGAGUAUAUCUUGUGCUGGAGAAACUUGAACUUCAAUGCUACCGGAGGCUGAUGAGGAAGAUACACAUAAUUCAAAAGCAGAAAGAUCCAGGAAGAGCACACCAAGUGAAAAUGGAUUGUGUCUUGAAGGCUCUUAAGUGGCUCAACAUUGAGAUGGAUAUUGACGAGGUUGAGUGCAUAAUGGCGAUUCUCAUUUAUCGGAAUUACAUUAAGGGAUAUUUUUCACACAAGAGUAAAGUGGUUGUCCUUAGCAAGCAGGAUCCUUUUCCAGCACUGACUGCAAUGACCUAGGAUGGUUUGACCUAUUUCUCUAUCGAAAGGAAUCUCCAAAUCAAGAUGAAAUUCUCAUCUUCUCAAAACUAGUCCUUGGAGUGAAACAAGAUUUUUUACAACUUCAAGUGGAGGCUCUUCAAUUUUUUUUUAGUUAGAUUAUUUGUUUUUGUUUUAUUAGCUUUUAGUUUUCUCUUUUUUGUACAGUAAAGGUGCACUGACGGAUCAAUUAAGCUUAGGUUCAAACCCCUGAAGUAGGGUCCUGAGUUCAGUGAAGCAAGCUCGGAGCCCUGAACAGGGUUAGUAGCACUUCGAACCAGCUUCAGCCUUAUCUGUUAUGUCCUGAUUUCUCCAGAUUACUACUCAUCUGUAUUGGAUUAGUGCUGCUACUCAUCUGUGGUUUAAUUUGGAGAAGGCACAGUAUCAUAAGGUUGAAUACUGGUUGGUUAUGUUUGUUGCUUUAGUGCAGCGCUGCCGCUUAUGUUUUUGUAAACUGUGUCGUACAACAGUACAUCAUGUGUAUCUAUGUCAAUUUUAUACUUCUUACAUGACUUAAAUUACCAUCA